AUGAAAUCCAUAAACGGCGCCGUUUUAGUGGAACGCCUUAGCAAAUUUUGCAAAUUUUCGUUUGACAAGGCUCAGUCCAGUGAUCUCGAUAGGAAAAGAGAACAACAAUGGUGCAUAGCGCAUACGACUCAUUUACGCUCCUCAAUGAUUGCCCCACGAAAAUUGAUGCCGUCGAAUCGUACGGUUCGAAGCUACUCAUCGUCUGCUCGGAUGGAUCGCUCCGUGUUUACGCACCCGAAUCAGCCGUCUCCGAACGCUCGACGCCGUCUGAAUUCCUUCAACACUCCUCGGAGCUUCGCAAAGAACGCCACAUCCUGGAACGGACUGUCAAUGGAUUCUCCAAGAAGACGAUGCUGGCGAUGGAGGUCAUUGGGUCGCGGGAGCUCCUUCUAUCGCUCUCCGAAUCCAUCGCCUUCCAUCGGUUGCCCAAUUUGGAGACGCUGGCCGUUAUUACCAAAGCAAAAGGAGCGAAUGUGUAUUCCUGGGACGACAGACGGGGGUUCCUUUGCUUCGCCAGACAAAAGAGAGUUUGUAUUUUCAGACACGACGGAGGAAGGGGCUUCGUAGAGGUGAAAGAAUUUGGGGUACCAGAUACAGUUAAGUCAAUGGCAUGGUGUGGAGAGAACAUUUGCUUAGGAAUUAGAAGGGAAUACAUGAUACUGAAUACCACAAAUGGAUCAGUGUCUGAGGUGUUUCCUUCGGGGAGGACUGCCCCACCUCUUGUGGUGCCCCUUCCAUCUGGAGAACUUCUUCUGGGAAAGGAUAAUAUUGGAGUAUUCGUAGACCAAAACGGUAAGCUUCUUCAGGAUGGUAGGAUAUGUUGGUCAGAAGCUCCUGCCAUAGUUGUUAUUCAAAAGCCAUAUGCAAUUGGUCUCCAACCAAGACACGUGGAGAUACGUUCUCUUCGAUCUCCUUACCCGCUGAUACAGACAGUUGCCCUACGAAAUGUUCGCCGUCUUGUUCAAAGCAACAAUUCUAUAAUUGUUGCUCUUGAGAACUCUGUUUUUGGACUCUUUCCUGUUCCUUUAGGUGCACAGAGAAUGUUAUACAAAAAGAAAACAUGUUGGAAACAAUGCUACUUUUCUAUGUUCCGAGAAUGUUACCCAAAGUGCAUCAUCACAAGAGCGUAGAAGGUUGGAGCUGAACGUGUGAACUUAAAUGCCAAGUAUUGAGGGAAAGAACUUUCAUAAAGCAUGACAUUUCUAGCUAACAAACCCUGGAGGUUAUGUCCGAUAUCAAAGUUGUGAAGUGAUUAUUACUGCAGAGACUAAUGAGGGAUCUGACUAUAAAGUAAUAUUAUGCUUCUUGUGCAGAUUGUACAACUAACUGCAUCUGGAAACUUCGAGGAGGCCUUGUCUCUGUGCAAGUUGCUUCCACCAGAAGAUUCAAGCCUCAGAGCUGCGAAGGAACAAUCAAUUCAUAUAAGAUAUGCACACUAUUUGUUUGAAAACGGGAGCUAUGAGGAGGCCAUGGAGCAUUUUUUGGCAUCUCAAGUAGAAAUUAAUUAUGUUCUUUCUUUAUAUCCAUCUGUCUCUAUUCCAAAAUCGGCAGUAAUACCUGAACCAGAGAAAUUUGUGGACAUGUCUGGGGAUUAUCCAGAUCUCUCCAGAGGCUCAUCUGGCAUGUCGGAUGAUAUGGAAUCUACUACGCAUAUGUCGGAGUCUGAAGAGACAGAUAUUGAAUCCAAAAAAAUGAGCCAUAAUACUUUAAUGGCUCUUAUUAAGUUUCUGCAGAAAAAGAGAUACAGCAUCAUCGAAAAAGCUACUGCUGAGGGAACUGAAGAGGUUGUUUCAGAUGCCGUAGGGGAUAAUUAUGUUCCAUAUGGCACUAGCCGAUCUAAGAGAGCAAGCAAGGGCCGUGUAAGUACUCCUAUCAGCUCAGUUGCUCGAGAUAUGGCAGCCAUACUUGACACUGCAUAUCUCCAAGCACUUAUGCUAACUGGACAGGCUUCAGCUGCAUUGGAUUUUCUGAGAGGCACUAACUACUGUGAUGUAAAGAUCUGUGAGGAAUUCAUGCAGAAAAGGAAUCAGUAUUUCGGUUUGCUAGAACUUUACAAAAACAAUGGAAUGCAUUGUGAAGCACUUAAACUUCUUCAUCAAUUGGUGGAAGAGUCCAUGUCAGAUCAAGCACCAGCUGAGCUGUCACAGAAAUUCAAGUCUGAGUUGAUCAUUGAAUACCUAAAACCUCUAUGUGAGACAGACCCCAUGCUUGUGUUGGAGUUCUCAAUGGUGGUCCUUGAAAGUUGUCCAAUGCAAACUAUCGAGCUAUUCUUGUCUGGGAACAUUCCAGCAGAUAUGGUCAACUCUUACUUAAAGCAGCAUGCUCCUAACUUGCAAGCUACAUAUUUGGAACUUAUGCUUGCAAUGAAUGAAAACAGCAUAUCUGGAAAUCUUCAGAAUGAAAUGGUCCAAAUCUAUCUUUCAGAAGUUCUGGAUUGGUAUGCAGAACUUAAUUCUCAGAAAAGCUGGGAUGAGAAAAACUUUUCCCCCACUAGGAAAAAAUUACUCUCUGCUCUGGAGAGUGUUUCUGGGUAUAAUCCAGAGAUUUUACUGAAGCGACUUCCUCUAAAUGCAUUGUAUGAGGAACAUGCCAUCCUGUUGGGAAAGAUGAAUCAGCAUGAGCUUGCGUUAUCCAUUUAUGUCCACAAGCUUCAUGUUCCGGAACUUGCCCUCUCCUAUUGUGAUCGAGUAUAUGAGCAAAACUCAGUGAAGUCUCCGAGCAAUAUAUACCUUACGCUACUGCAGAUCUAUUUGAACCCUUCCAAGACAACAAAAAACUACGAAAACAGGAUAACUAAUCUGGCAACAUCAUCCCAGAGCCCUGGUAUGCUUAGGCUUGGUCCAGGACCCACGGCUAAACUCAUCAAAGGAAGCCGGUCCAAGAAAAUAGCAGAGAUUGAAGGUGCUGAGGACACUCGGAUCAGUCAGAGUGGCACAGAUAGUAGUAGGAGUGACGGUGAUGUAGAUGAUGCUAGUGAGGAAGGGGUUUCUGCUAUUAUGCUUGAUCAGGUACAUGAUCUGUUGGGGAAAAGGUGGGACCGCAUCAAUGGAGCUCAGGCCUUGAAACUCUUACCAAGGGAGACCAAGCUGGAGAACCUACUUCCGUUUCUUGGUCCUCUUCUAAGAAGAUCUAGUGAAGCAUACCGAAACUUUUCAGUGAUCAGGAGUUUGAGAGAGAGUGAAAACCUACAGGUAAAAGAUGAACUGUAUAACCAGAGGAAAGCAGUGGUGAAGAUAACGGGUGAGAGCAUGUGCUCCCUCUGCCACAAGAAGAUAGGGACGAGCGUAUUUGCAGUCUAUCCAAACGGAAGGACAAUUGUGCACUUCGUUUGUUUCAGGGACUCCCAGAACAUGAAAGCUGUUUCCAGGGGUUCUUUAUCCCGCAAGAGAUGACUGCGCCAACUCCAUUAUAGGCUAGCAACCUUUGUCCCCCACCUGUUUUUUUUUAAUUCACAAACAAGUUUUGUCCGGUAUUUGUUUUAUUGUUUUGUAAGUUUGUAACUUAUAACUUGUAAGAUUUUCCGACAAAAAAAAUGAUUUUUAGAGUUAUUUGCGAUUUUGAGAUUAGUGUUUGGGCGAGUAAAAUAAU